AUGUCAGGUUAUAUCAGCAGUCCUUCUUUGGCUUCUUCCAAUAUCCGUCCUCCAGUUAGGCGUUCACAAGUUAUUUCUACAAAAGAUGCUGAGCCUCCCGGGGCGUGUGCCAAUCUUUUGGUUUGCUUUGCUGUCUUCUUGUUGAUCUUAACAUUCCCAAUCUCUAUCUUCUUUUGUAUCAAGAUUGUCAACCAAUAUGAACGUGCAGUUAUUUCUCGUCUUGGGAGAUUGAGAAAGGGAGGGGCUAAAGGGCCGGGUCUUUUUCUUGUAAUUCCUUGCAUUGAUGAAUACCAAAAGGUUGAUUUGCGUCUUGUUUCAUACUCCGUUCCUCCUCAAGAAUUGCUCUCAAAGGAUUCUGUAACGGCGAGUGUUGACGCUGUAAUCUAUUUCCGUAUUUCGGAUGCAACAAUCUCUGUUGUUAAUGUGGAGAAUGCUGAAGCUUCUACAAGAUUAUCUUUGGAUGAAGCUACAAAUGAUUGGGGAGUUCAGGUGGAACGAGUUGAAGUUAAAGACGUUAGACUUCCUGGGACAAUGCAACGGGCUAUGGCCGCAGAGGCAGAGGCCACACGGGAGGCUAAAGCUAAAAUAAUUGCUGCUGAAGGCGAACAAAAAGCCUCUAGUGCUUUGCGUGCUGCUGCUCUUGCAAUUUCUGAUACUCCAACAGCUCUACAAUUGCGAUAUCUUCAAACUUUGGGAGAAAUUAGUGCUGACAAUAAUUCUACAAUCGUUUUUCCUUUUCCGGUUGACUUUAUGUCAGUUUUUGGUAAACACUCUGUUCAAAAAUCUUCGGAAAGUACAGUUAAACAAAAAACCAAAGAAAGUGAAAAGGAAAAAACUAAAGAAGAUACGACAAAAGAAGAAAACACGAAGGAAGAUAAAUCUAAAAAAGACAAAAAUACUGAACAAGAAAAAAGUAAAGCUGUUGAACAAUACUUCAAAAAAAGUAGUCCGAGAGAGAAGAAGGAAAAGCCUAAGAAGAAGCAAUCUUCAACAGGGAAGAAAAAGUAGUAAGAAAGAGGAAAUAAGUAGGAAGUAAAAAAUAAAUAUAUAGUAUAUGUAGUAAGUAGGAGGUCGGUCGGAAAGGACGAAGGUGACGGAAAUCGGAAAUGGCUCAAAAAUCG